UGAUGCCUCACCGGCCGAGUGUUGCCAGCACGCCAAAGUGCUGGAGGACACGCAGUUUGUGGACGGCUACAAGCAGCUGGGCUUCCAAGAGACGGCCUAUGGCGAGUUCCUUCACCGGUUGCGCGAGAACCCCCGCCUUAUCGCCUCCUGCCUGGUGGCCGGGGAGAAGCUGGCACAGGAGAAUAUCCAGAAUGUCAUCCACACCGUCUUCACCUCCAUCUACGGCAACUGCAUCAUGGCCGAGGACGAGAGCUUGCUCCUCCAGGUCCUGCGCUACCUGAUCGAGUUCGAGCUGAAGGAGAGCGAGAACCCGCGGCGGCUGCUCCGGAAAGGCACCUGCGCCUUCAGCAUCUUCUUCAAGCUCUUCUCCGAGGGCCUCUUCUCCGCCAAGCUCUUCCUGACGGCCACCUUGCACGAGCCCAUCAUGCAGCUCCUGGUGGAGGACGAGGACCACCUGGAGACAGACCCCAACAAGCUCAUUGAGCGCUUCACGCCUGCCCAGCAGGAGAAGCUCUUUGGGGAGAAGGGGUCAGAGAGGUUCCGGCAGAAGGUCCAGGAGAUGGUUGAGUCCAACGAGGCCAAGCUGGUGGCCCUGGUCAACACCUUCAUUGGCUACCUCAAGCAGAACACCUACUGCUUCCCGCACAGCUUGAGGUGGAUCAUGUCCCAGAUGUACAAGACGCUCUCCUGCGUGGAGCGGCUGGAGGUGGGCGAAGUCCGGGCUAUGUGCACCGACCUCCUCUUGGCCUGCUUCAUCUGCCCCGCGGUGGUCAACCCGGAACAGUACGGGAUUAUUUCGGAUGCGCCCAUCAACGAAGUGGCAAGGUUUAAUCUGAUGCAGCCACGCGCAGCAGGAGCCGUUCCCAUAUUCAGAUGGACCAACAUCCAGAUUACGAUGGGUUCUCCCAAGAGACCAUACAGGAAGUCCAGCCGGAAGAGGUGUUGGUCAUUUCUCUAGGGACUGGUCCACAAAUCACCCCCGGAAUGAUGUCAGAAAAUGAGGUUUUAAACAUGCAGCUGGCCGAUGGGAGCCAAGGCGAUGUUCCUGUUGACGAUUCCAAACUCCACGGUAAACCUGAUAAAACCCUGCGGUUUUCCCUCUGCAGUGAUAAUCUGGAAGGCAUAUCCGAAGGCCCUUCCAAUCGCUCCAAUUCAGUAUCCUCCCUGGAUUUAGAAGGAGAAUCUGUUUCUGAAUCGGGGGCUGGCCCGUCGGGAAGUAACGGAGUCGAGGCCUUGCAGCUUCUGGAACGUGAGCAAG